AAUCUCACCACCCAGCAAUGAGGUAUUUUACUGCUGUCUCGAGAUCAGAUUAUUACUGUAGAGAAGAUUUUUAUUUUUUCUGUUUCAUUAACAGAUUAUUAUAAAGCGUUAAACAUGCAGGAAGAGAAGCAGACGUUUAACGUUGGGAAUUAAUGAAAGCAUGUCUGCCUGCAUUUUAGGAGGUUAAAAGGUUGUUGCUUAAAAUUUUAUGCCACCCCACAAACAAAACUCUUCGGAAAUGGUAAAAUAAGAAAAUGCAUGAUUCUAGAGACAUCCCUAAGCACCCACGUGUCAGGCUAUGUGGUGUCUGUGAUAUCAUCGGACCUUUUGGACUGGUUAGGGCUUACUGAGAGCUCCAUUUCUGGAAAGCGUUGCAAGACUGAGGAAUAUCAGACUGCGAAUCACCGGGAACCGUUCCCUUGCAGCACAGAAGCAAUCUCUCUCCCUAUCUUCGCAUAUUCUGAUGGCAAAUCAAACGGAAGAAAACAGGAAGCAUGACUGCAGAUCGGAUCAGUUCUCCUUGUGGAUUACAUUUUUAGUAAAAUGUAUGGAUCUAUCUUUUCCUUGUUCUAUCUAGAUCAUGAGACUUAACUGAGGCUGUAUCCUUAUCCUCCAUCCAUCUAUGGCGAACUACAGCCAUGCAGCUGACAACAUUUUGCAAAAUCUCUCACCUCUAACAGCCUUUCUGAAACUGACUUCCUUGGGUUUCAUAAUAGGAGUCAGCGUGGUGGGCAACCUCUUGAUCUCCAUUUUGCUAGUGAAAGAUAAGACCUUGCAUAGAGCACCUUACUACUUCCUGUUGGAUCUUUGCUGUUCAGAUAUCCUCAGAUCUGCAAUUUGUUUCCCAUUUGUAUUCAACUCUGUCAAAAAUGGCUCAACGUGGACCUAUGGGACUCUGACUUGCAAAGUGAUUGCCUUUCUGGGGGUUUUGUCCUGUUUCCACACUGCUUUCAUGCUCUUCUGCAUCAGUGUCACCAGAUACUUAGCUAUCGCCCAUCACCGCUUCUAUACAAAGAGGUUGACCUUUUGGACGUGUCUGGCUGUGAUCUGUAUGGUGUGGACUCUGUCUGUGGCCAUGGCAUUUCCCCCGGUUUUAGAUGUGGGCACUUACUCAUUCAUUAGGGAGGAAGAUCAAUGCACCUUCCAACACCGCUCCUUCAGGGCUAAUGAUUCCUUAGGAUUUAUGCUGCUCCUUGCUCUCAUCCUCCUAGCCACACAGCUUGUCUACCUCAAGCUGAUAUUUUUUGUCCACGAUCGAAGGAAAAUGAAGCCAGUCCAGUUUGUAGCAGCAGUCAGCCAGAACUGGACUUUUCAUGGUCCUGGAGCCAGUGGCCAGGCAGCUGCCAACUGGCUUGCCGGAUUUGGAAGGGGUCCCACACCACCCACCUUGCUGGGCAUCAGGCAAAAUGCAAACACCACAGGCAGAAGAAGGCUAUUGGUCUUAGACGAGUUCAAAAUGGAGAAAAGAAUCAGCAGAAUGUUCUAUAUAAUGACUUUUCUCUUUCUAACCUUGUGGGGCCCCUACCUGGUGGCCUGUUACUGGAGAGUUUUUGCAAGAGGGCCUGUGGUACCAGGGGGAUUUUUAACAGCCGCUGUCUGGAUGAGUUUUGCCCAAGCAGGAAUCAAUCCUUUUGUCUGCAUUUUCUCCAACAGGGAGCUGAGGCGCUGUUUCAGCACAACCCUUCUUUACUGCAGAAAAUCCAGGUUACCAAGGGAACCUUACUGUGUUAUAUGAAGGAGCAUCUGUAAAUCUUUAGCUUUGUGAAACACUAACCUUCUCUGCUGAGCAAUUGUGGCCCAUAGCCAUAUCUUGAGAAGAAUUCAAGAAUGGAAUCAGCAGUUAUAAGGAUAUGGGCAACAUUCUGCAAUCUUUGCAAUAGUUCACCUAUAAUCCUAUUUUAAAUCUCAGAGUGAUCCUGCUGACUGCCGGUGAAGGUUUGUAAUUAAGAAUGGACUGAACCACUGCCCUAAGUUUCUUCAUGUGGUCCAAACUAGAAAAGGAAAGUAGCAGGUGCUAAGUAUCAGUGCUAAAUGCUGUGUAUAUCACUACUUAUGAAAAAAACAUCAAACAAACAAUUAGCAUUGGACAUCUUAAUAAAUUAAGUCGACAUGAGGUAAAUGUGUUGAUAAAAACUAAUUUUAGAAGUUUGAAGACUUUAAAACAUUUCAUACUAUUAUUGUUUUGCAAAGACUAAACUAUUUGGGAACUUAAAGUACUGUAAUACACUAAAGACGUGCCAUGAAUUACUGGAAUAUCACACUUUAAAAACCGCCUUGUAAGUUUUGGGGAGCAUUCCAAAGCAGUAUAUUGGUUCCAAUUAGAGUUUACGUUUUUUUGUAUUAAUACAUUACUAUUUCUAAAUACCACUUUCCUUAUCUACUAGUGAAAUUGCUAGCUGAACUGUAUUAUGUGGUUUUUGUUGAUUUGAUAUAAAGUUUUCCCAAUUCAUUUAUAUUUUACAAAUGCUAGAUAUUGAACUGGGAGGCAACAUCAAUGGUUACCAGAGGAUCAUAAUUGAACAGUUCUAAUAAUGCAGAAUAAACACAUGUUGCCUUAAAGGGUUAUCUAGUAUCCUUCAUCUUACUUAGCAUUGGAGCAAAUAGUGAAGGGAAAUUGGAUCGGUAACUGGCCCUGGUAGUGCAUCUGGAAGUGCAUAAAAGAUCACUUAAGGCUCCUUUUCCUUUUCCUCACAUGGUUUGAAAAUGAAGGUGCACAUCACUGAAAUAAUGAGAUUGCCCUCUGAGGUGUGCUACCCAUUCUGGAGCAUUCUAGGAAGCAGGCAGUUGAUACAUGUUUAUAUUUUAGGUCAGCUGUCAAGGGGAGACCACAGCCUUAGUAUGACAUCCUGCACAAUUUGUGAAGCAUUUAUUCUACUGAAGGCACAGUCUUGUUUAUACUUUCUGCACAUUCAGUGUAUUGGUCGUUUAAAUUAUUUCAGUUUAACUUGUGAAAGCUUAUAAUAUAAUUUCUGGUAUUUUAGAAAUACAUUAGAGUCUGUGAGUCUCAUUCUUUAAGAUACAAAUGUGUGAACUUCAAUAUAAAGUUGCAUUUGCCAAAAUUUACCCGUGUAGCCUGUUAAUUUUCUUGGAAUAAAUUUUACAUUUUUGGCAUAUAAUAAUUUUUCUUAAAAUCUGGGAGGCAAGCACAAACUAGGAAGACUAGCUUUAUUAUGAUUUCAUUUUUGAUUUUUGAUUAUUUUGUAGCUACAAUAUUUUUUGAUCUGGAAAUGUAUGCAUAAUACUGAGCCUAAGCUGAUAAACUGACAUAAUAUCUGUAAAAGCAUUAUUUGGUAUCUUAUAUUCAUCCCUCUAUUUCUUCUUAGAUGCCAGCAGUAUGUAGAAAUGUAUACUGCUUUAGUUUAUUGGUUCAGAAUUUUAAUAUAAAUAUUACAUUUCAAUUUGGAGCACAGUACUGUAGAAAUUUGGGUUCUAAAUAUUUAAGUCAUAAGAAGAAUGGUUUAUAUUAACGUUAUGACAAAACUAAGAAAAGUUUUUACUUUUGUUUGCUUUCUGUUGUUUCAUUUGUUUUAUGUUGGUUUUUUUUUUAUGGAGUUUCUUUGGUAUUUGAAAAAUAAUAUUAGGAAUCUAAUGAAACAGAAUUCCUGAUUGCUAUGGUACUUCUGUAAUGAGAAUAUCAAUACUGAUAAGGAAAAAUAAAUUAACGAAAUGUUUCAAUGAUUUAUGCAACUAUUCAAUUUUGCUCAUAAAAAGACAGCUUAAGCCAUGAUUUAAUGAGCACUCUGACCUCAUUUUUACUUUACGCCAAAGCUGACUGGCUCUAAGGUAACGUUUAAUGCACAACAGUGAAUUGGAUCUAGCAAUAAAGCCUCCUUGUUGGUACUAAAAUCAUUAUCUGAAAUACAAUAAAAAAAUGUUAUCAAAAGAUGUUCUGAUAACAUUGUUUUCCAACUCAAAAAUUUUAUAAUAGAAUCAUAGUUGCAAUGAUAUAUUUAUGAAGAACUUUGCUUAGAGGUUCAAAUAUCACCAGCAAGCAGUAGAAUAUUCAGCAAUAAUCAUGAAGCCAGAAAGAGCAAGUCUUACCAACACUAGCCUCCAUUGCAUAGAUAAAACUCUGGCAUGGAGUAAGGGGAAUUGAGGAAUCCCGAGGAAGAACCAGUUGAAAGCUGCCUGGCUUCACCUAACUAUGUGAAUUAACAGUUUUUGUAAGUCACCUGCCCCAGUGAUUUAUGAAUAAGGCUGAGUUGUAGUGACUUUCAUUUCAGCCUACUCCCAACUAGUGUAGCAUUUGCAGGUCAAGAAUGAAGCAGUGGACAAGACCUAACCCUGGUAAAUCAAUGCCAUUUGUACAGCAGUGAGUAAUUGUAGUAACCGUACCAAAAAAGGUCGCCCCUGUGUCUUAAUGACCAAAUAGCAUUAUCUAUUUUGGCACCUAUUCCAAUAUUCAUUAUUUAAUGCUACUAGUCUUUAACCCAUAAAAAUGCAUCCCCUGGGGGAUGGUCCAACUUGCCUAUGGGAAAAAACUCAAUAAUAAGAAGUCCCUCAUGGACUAAUUACACAACCCAGGUGAACAGUGUUUAAAUUGUUUUCUGUAGUAGUGGUGACAUAUUUGCAUGGAUGCACAUGUCCCUGCAAUCUCUUUGCCUUCCUUUUGUGCACAAUGAAUUUGUGAGCUGCCUGACCGAAGCUGGGUUUUCAGUCUGUGGCUGUGGAAUCCUACGCAGAUAGUAACUGGUAGAACGAGGUGAGUAACUUGCUUACUUCACCACAGAGGUCCCAUUUAAAUAAAAUUAACCAGAGUGAUUACAUUAAAAAAUAAUUAUUCUUAGAUAGGACAACCUAUUGACUGAAUUAUCUUUUUCAGAUUUUAGUUGAUUGACUUUCAACACCAGCAUUUUCCAGUGAUUGAUUUGUCCUGGUUGACCCAUGGUUAUGGCCACUUAUCCAUUGCCUCUGCUUC